AGGGGAGUCGGAGUGUGAGAGGACCAAUUAGUGUCGCGGAAGCUCGGCGGGGCGGCUGGCAGUGAGGCGGCUUUGGGGGUGAUACCUGAGGGUUUAAAGGGCCGGGAUCUGCUGACCGACUCCCGCCAGCGUCUAGGCCUGGGGGCCGGGGUCGCGGCCUCCGCGGGCAGACAUGAUGGCGGAGCGCUCCGGCACGGUGCUCCGGGACAGACCCGGGGGACCGCGGACGCUGGGGUUCUGGGGAGGCUGUAGAGUUCAGGUGUUGGCCGCGAUCUUCCUGCUGCUGUUGUCUUUGGCAAGAUUUGGAACUAGGGCAGGGAACGACUUCGAUCUGGUUCAGCCGCUGGUGACCAUGGAGCAGCUGCUGUGGGUGAGUGGGAAGCAGAUCGGCUCCGUGGAUACCUUCCGCAUCCCGCUUAUCACAGUAACUCCUCAGGGCACUCUCCUUGCCUUCGCUGAAGCCCGAAAAAUGUCCUCGUCGGAUCUGGGGGCCAAGUUUAUUGCUCUGCGGAGGUCUAUGGACCAGGGUAGCACGUGGUCUCCUACAGCCUUCAUUGUAGAUGAUGGAGAAACACCAGAUGGGCUGAACCUGGGAGCAGUGGUGAGCGAUAGGGAGACAGGAAUUGUAUUCCUUUUCUACUCCCUCUGUGCUCACAAGGCUGGCUGCCAGGUGGCCUCCACCAUGUUGGUGUGGAGCAAGGAUGACGGUGUUUCCUGGAGCUCACCCCGGAACCUUUCCUUGGAUAUCGGCACCGAGGUGUUUGCCCCUGGACCGGGCUCAGGCAUUCAGAAACAGCGGCAGCCACGGAAGGGCCGCCUCAUCGUGUGUGGCCACGGGACGCUGGAGCGGGAUGGGGUCUUCUGCCUCCUCAGUGAUGAUCAUGGCGCCUCCUGGCGCUAUGGGAAUGGGAUCAGAGGCAUCCCCUAUGGCCAGCCCAAGCAGAAAUACGACUUCAACCCUGAUGAAUGCCAGCCCUAUGAGCUUCCAGAUGGCUCAGUCAUCAUCAAUGCCAGGAACCAGAACAACUACCACUGCCACUGUCGAAUCAUCCUCCGCAGCUAUGACGCCUGUGAUACACUGAGGCCUCGGGAUGUGACCUUCGACCCAGAGCUCGUGGACCCUGUGGUAGCUGCAGGAGCUGUAGCCACCAACUCUGGCAUCAUCUUCUUCUCCAACCCAGCCCAUCCAGAGUUCCGAGUGAACCUGACCCUGCGCUGGAGCUUCAGCAAUGGGACUUCAUGGCGGAAAGAGACGGUCCAGCUGUGGCCAGGACCCAGUGGCUACUCCUCGAUGGCAGCCCUGGAGGGCAGCGUGGGUGGGGAGGACCAGGCCCCCCAGCUCUACGUCCUGUAUGAGAAAGGCCUGAGCCAAUACACAGAGAGCAUCUCCCUGGCCAAAGUCAGCGUCUAUGGGACACUCUGAGUUGCGUGCAGGGGUAAAAGGCCCUGGACUCAGCCUUCAGGAUCAUGGGUCUGUGGUGGGUCUGCUGGAGGUGCCUGAAAGACAGUUUCAGCUUCCUUUAGACACUAGCCUUUUGCAAAACCAACUUCUCUUUGACAGGGAAAUCACUCUGUUAGGACUAAAAGCCUGGCUGCUUCUCCCACACAAGAAGUCCUGCCCUCCCCGGACAAUGAUCGGUCCUUUUCUUGGACAGGGUGAGGUGGGCCCGUAGCAUUGAAGAAAUGUGAGCUCAGGGAAUUGGGGAAGGCUGAGCUUCCUCUUUGGACUAAGGUAUUGGCUUUGAAGAAGGUUGGUGAAUGUCCCGGAAGGGUGGGAUGUUUGAUUUCAGGGUGGGGAACUAGCCUCACCACCCACCUUGACUAUUUAUGAAUCAAAAUGUUUGUAACUUAAUGUUUUUAAUGAAGGAGCAUGAACAUGA